UCUCCCGAGAGCUACGCGGCGGCUGAGCGGAGGCCUCGUGCCGUAACGGCCAUCGCGGCGGCCGCGGCGGUCUCCCGGUGCCCUCCUCAGGUGAGCUGGGGCCGCACGGGCCCGGCAGAGGGAAGGAUUCUGGCAAUCAAGUAACAACUUAGAAGAUGCUUCUCUUAACCAGCCCAAGGGGAUAAGUUGCAAUGCCUAGUUAACAUUUCCUCUGCUGGCUAGUGAUUUGAAAUGGCUGCUGUUAUAGACCAACUGAACUUCUGAGAUCUCCACUGUUUCCAGUUCCUCUGGAGUCUGCUGAUCAGUCACAUGGAACUUCUUCACACUGUCCAAGAGCACAACUUGUAGCUGAAGCUGCUGAAAGAUGGCAGAAGAAGUGGUGGUAGUAGCCAAAUUUGAUUAUGUGGCCCAACAAGAACAAGAGCUGGACAUCAAGAAGAAUGAGAGAUUAUGGCUUCUGGAUGACUCUAAGUCCUGGUGGCGAGUUCGAAACUCCAUGAAUAAAACGGGUUUUGUGCCUUCUAACUAUGUGGAGAGGAAAAACAGUGCUCGGAAAGCAUCUAUUGUAAAAAAUCUAAAGGAUACCUUAGGCAUUGGAAAAGUGAAAAGAAAACAUAGUGUGCCAGAUUCUGCAUCUCCUGCUGAUGAUAGCUUUGUUGACCCAGGGGAACGUCUCUAUGACCUCAACAUGCCUGCUUAUGUGAAAUUUAACUACAUGGCAGAGAGAGAGGAUGAAUUAUCAUUGAUAAAAGGGACAAAGGUGAUCGUCAUGGAGAAAUGCAGUGAUGGGUGGUGGCGGGGUAGCUACAAUGGACAAGUUGGAUGGUUCCCUUCAAACUAUGUAACUGAGGAAGGUGACAGUCCUUUGGGUGACCAUGUGGGUUCUCUGUCAGAGAAAUUAGCAGCAGUUGUCAAUAACCUAAAUACCGGGCAAGUGUUGCAUGUGGUACAGGCUCUUUACCCAUUCAGUUCGUCCAAUGAUGAAGAACUUAAUUUUGAGAAAGGAGAUGUAAUGGAUGUUAUUGAAAAGCCUGAAAAUGACCCUGAAUGGUGGAAAUGCAGGAAGAUCAAUGGAAUGGUUGGUCUGGUGCCAAAAAACUAUGUUACCAUUAUGCAGAAUAAUCCAUUAACCUCAGGUUUGGAACCAUCACCUCCGCAGUGUGAUUACAUUAGGCCUUCACUCACUGGAAAGUUUGCUGGCAAUCCAUGGUAUUAUGGGAAAGUCACCAGGCAUCAAGCAGAAAUGGCAUUAAAUGAAAGAGGGCAUGAAGGUGAUUUCCUCAUUCGUGAUAGUGAAUCUUCGCCAAAUGAUUUCUCUGUAUCACUAAAAGCACAAGGGAAAAACAAGCAUUUUAAAGUCCAACUAAAAGAGACUGUCUACUGCAUUGGGCAGCGUAAAUUCAGCACCAUGGAAGAACUUGUAGAACAUUACAAAAAGGCACCAAUUUUCACAAGUGAACAAGGAGAAAAACUGUAUCUUAUCAAGCAUUUGUCAUGAUAAUGCUGACCAGAAGUGACUGCCUCACAGCUAUAAUUCGUCAUGUAAUUAAAGACUGAGAAAAUGUCAGUCCAGUCAUGUUUGAUUGGAAAUUGCUUUCUGACCCUACAUGAGAAUUGACUAUAAUACAUAAGUAUUUUUAUUAUAACUCAGCCCAUACAUAUAUACUACGUAUGCAAAGCAUCUGCACAAAGCAGUUCCUUAUCCUUGGUCUUCUGUUUUAUUGUUUUCUUUGCUGUUUUUCUCUUUGCUUCUAAUAUUAAGGUUUUAUAUUUUGAAAAAAAUAAUGCAGAUCAAAAGUCUUUACAUGGAAGAAUUUAUUGGUUUAUUUUCUUUAUUUCCUUGUACGGGCACCGUAUUUGUCACUUCUGCAAUGGUUUCUCUUCAUAUAAAAUUAUUAUAUCAGUAUAUGGCAUAUGCUAAAAUAAAUUUCUUGGACAAUGUUUUUUUCUUUGACUAAAUAGCAAUAAUAAAUGGAAAAUUAGAAAUUAUUUUCAGGUAUUUGUUGUAAGCCAUUGUAAAUAUCAAGUAUGUUGUGUCUGCCAUUUUAAAAAAUUUAUUCAUUGUCUUCAUUGUAAAGCAAAACAAAUAGGACAUACGUUUAAAAACGUAUCUUGUACACUUUUAAUUUACAGCUGUUGGAAACAAAAAUCUCUAAAUUUCUAGGAUUUUUGGGGGGGUGCUUCUUAUCUGGUUAUUUAAGAGAAUAAAGCAGUCUCUGAGAUACUUAGCUUUUCAAACUGUAAAUGGAUGCUCUAGUGUUAUAUAUUACUUUUUCCCCUAGUGUUAUUUUACCAAAGCAUCUUGUAUUGGGGUAUAUCUGUGUCAGUGUGAAAAAAGCUGUGGCCAGAUAUUGGGGAAAUAGGAGGCCGUGAGAUACUUGGUUUCCCUCCCACCUCUAAACGUCAGUAAUUAUCAGGCGUAGUAGUAUUUCUACUAUUUUCAUUUCCUCCUUUCAGCUUUGGGUUUUGUUGACUAAGACACUAAAAUGGAUUAUACCUGAGGAAAAGAUGGGAUGUGCCAAAUGGUUAGAGAAAGUUAUUUUUAAAAUCUACUUUUUGGAGGGUUUCUGUUAUGUUUUUGUUACUAAGCAGAAGUUUGGGUGUAUGGAUGAGAGGCUUUUAUGGAGUAUUGAAUCUACUUCUGCAGGUCAUAGAAGAAAACAACUGUAUUUUGUGAACCCCCCCCAUUAUUAAUUCUGGAAUUUAAAUUUAAGCAAAGUAACCUUCAAUAUAUUAAUUAAAAUACUUACUAAAACCAUAUAACUUAGUAGGAAAUCAUAUGGUAUUUUCAAAAAUUUCCCCAGUGCUGCCUAAGCAAAUGAAUGUUUUCUGUUCUUUAAUAUGUUAUAGAUAAGUAUUUAAUAUACCAAUAUUACUGAUGUUAAAAUUGAAGUUGUCUAAUUCCUGAGGUUUUUAGUUUGGGUUUUUUUUUUAAUAUUAAAUAUUUAGUUCUUUAAAUCUUAAAAUCAUUUAAGACUGACAUUGCCACUGGGUGGCAGCCCUGGCUUCUCCCACUAAGCAACAGGAGUUAGCAAAUAUAAUUAAGACUUUGAUGUACAAUUUUUCAUUUUCAUUACAUCCGCUUUUUAAAGCCUUUUAGUUCAUAUUUCAUUAUCUUUGUCAGUCUCCCUUUGUUUAUUGAAAUGAUUAUUAGUAGACUGUAAUAGAAAUAAAAGUCGUGUGCUUACCUUUUUUGCUGUAAAAUCACUUGAAUAUAAGUUGAAGAAAAUAGUUUCAAAGUGUUAAAAUAUGACUAGGUAGUAAACAUCUUUUUAUUUAAACAAA